UGUGAAGGCCUGCAGAGCGCAGCCGGGCUCUCUGCUGCCUGCCUGCCACAGCACAAGCUCCGGCGGUGCUCCCCACAGUCCCCAUGGUGGGUGGCCCCCGCAGCGGGGACCCGUGAUCGGCGGCAGUAUGCCAGGGAAGCCCAAACACCUGGGCGUCCCCAACGGGCGCAUGGUUCUGGCUGUGUCAGAUGGAGAGCUGAGCAGCCAGACGGGGACCCAGGGCCAGGGUGAGGGUCGUGGCAGCUCCCUCAGCAUCCACAGCCUCCCCAGUGGUCCCAGCAGCCCCUUCCCCACGGAGGAGCAACCUGUGGCCAGCUGGGCCCUGUCCUUUGAGCGGUUGCUACAUGACCCUCUGGGCCUGGCGUACUUCACUGAGUUCCUAAAGAAGGAGUUCAGUGCCGAGAAUGUAACUUUCUGGAAGGCCUGCGAGCGCUUCCAGCAGAUCCCGGCCAGCGACACCAAGCAGCUAGCUAAGGAAGCCCGCAGCAUCUACCAGGAGUUCCUGUCUAGCCAGGCGCUGAGCCCAGUCAACAUCGACCGGCAGGCCUGGCUCGGGGAGGAGGUGCUGGCCGAGCCCAGGCCGGACAUGUUCCGGGAACAGCAGCUUCAGAUCUUCAACCUGAUGAAGUUUGACAGCUACGCACGCUUCGUCAAAUCCCCGCUGUACCGCGAGUGCCUCCUGGCUGAGGCCGAGGGGCGUCCCCUGCGAGCACCAGGCUGCUCACCCCUCGGCAGCCCCAACACUGCGAGGAAGAAACCGAAGCUGAAGCCUGGAAAGUCGCUGCCCCUGGGCGUGGAGGAGUUGGGGCAGCUGCCAUCUGCGGAUGGGCCGGGUGGCCGCCCGCUGCGCAAGUCCUUCCGCAGGGAGCUGGGCGCCGUCACCCACUCAGCCUUGCGCCGGGAAUCUCAGGGCUCGCUCAACUCCUCAGCCAGUCUGGACCUCGGCUUCCUGGCUUUCAGUGGGAGCAAAUCCGAGGCUCCUCUCACUCCUGCCCAGAGUCAGAGCCACAGGAAGAGCCUUGGCGGUGGCCCCGAGGGGGACAGUGACAGCCGGCCAGGAAAGUACUGCUGUGUGUACCUCCCGGACGGCACGGCCUCCUUGGCGCAGGCGCAGCCCGGUCUCACCAUCCGCGACAUGCUGGCCAGCAUCUGUGAGAAGCGAGGCCUCUCCCUGCCAGACAUCAAGGUCUUCCUGGUGGGCAAUGAGCAGAAGGCACUGGUUCUGGAUCAAGACUGCACCGUGGUGGCCAACCAGGAAGUGCGGCUGGAGAGCAGGAUCACCUUUGACCUGGAAGUGGUGGCGCUGGCGCGUGUAGUGAGGAUCUCGGCUAAGCCCACGAAGCGGCUGCAGGAUGCCCUGCAGCCCAUCCUGGCCAAGUACGGCCUGAACCUGCAACAGGUGUCACUGCACCAGCCAGGCGAGGAGCAGCCGCUGGACCUGGAGAAGCUGGUGAGCUCGGUGGCCACCCAGAGGCUGGUUCUGAACACCCUUCCAGGUGUGAAGGUCGUGGAAACCAGCAGCAGCUCUUCCUGCCAUGGCCAGGUGAGCACGGCCAAGACCACCCACCCCUCCUCGCCGGGUGGUGCUCCCGGGAAGCGACAGAGCUGUGACAUCGAAGGACUGGUGGAGCUACUGAACCGGGUGCAGAGCAGCGGGGCCCACGACCAGAGGGGCCUACUGCGUAAGGAGGACCUGGUGCUCCCCGAGUUCCUGCAGCUGCCUGCCCCAGGGCCCGGCUCUCAAGAAACUACAUCACAGACUACAUCAGCCAUCCCGCCUGGCGCGGGACCCUCAGACUCCACUGCCCGUCCAGCCCUCUGACGGCGUCCAGGCUGGCUGCAUGGCACCUGGUGGGCCACGCAUGCCCUUGGCCCAUGCUGCAUGCCCUGUCUGUGCCCUGAGCGUCCCUGACUCCUUCCUGCUGUGGGCUGGUCCACAGGAGUUGCCAGGAAGGGGUCUCCACCUGGG